AUGGAAAUGUUGAGGUCCGCCUCCGAGUCUGAGUCUCCCUUCGCUCAGGCUUAUGAUACCUCGGCUGCUACUGUUCCCUCUCCUCAAUACUACCUCGACAACUUCUACACCAACGGCUGGACGAACCCAAAAGCCGAAGUGUUCUACACGGAAGGGGAGGAAGAGCGGACCAAGCUUGCGAGCUUCAUCGACCCACAAACCCAGAACCAGCCGAUUCCCAAGCUCGAGGACUUUCUCGGCGACUCCAUGGUGCGCUACGCCGACAGCCAGACCGAGACUCAGGACUCGUCGCUGACCCAAAUCUACGACCAGGGCUCGGCCUACUUUGGCGACCAACAACACCACAACCAGGAUCUCAAGGCGAUUACUGGGUUCCAAGCCUUCUCGGCUAACUCGGGCUCCGAGGUGGAGGACUCGGCCUCCAUGGCCAGGACUACUCAGCUGGCUUGCGCCGAGUUUACGGGUCACUCGGUUGAGUCGAUUGGGAACGAGUUGGGUUUCUCUAGCUGUGGUGGUAGUGCUGCUGCUGGUGCUACUACCAACACAAGCAAUGCUUUGUCACUUGGGGUGGCUAAUACUACUGCUAAUACUCAGAGCUCGAAUCGUGAAAAGGCCAUUGUUGCGGUGGAGAAUGAUAGCAAUAAGAAAAUAUCUGAUACUUUUGGGCAAAGGACUUCAAUUUACAGAGGAGUUACUAGACAUCGUUGGACGGGUAGAUAUGAAGCGCAUCUCUGGGAUAACAGCUGUAGAAGAGAGGGGCAGGCCAGGAAAGGACGUCAAGGUGGAUAUGACAUGGAAGAUAAGGCAGCAAGGGCUUAUGAUUUGGCUGCUCUGAAAUACUGGGGACCUACUGCAACUACCAACUUUCCUAUUUCAACUUACAGCAAAGAACUGGAAGACAUGAAGCUGGUGACCAAGCAAGAAUUCAUUGCUUCCCUCAGAAGGAAAAGUAGUGGUUUUUCAAGGGGAGCUUCUAUGUACAGAGGUGUAACAAGGCAUCAUCAACAAGGUCGCUGGCAAGCAAGAAUCGGCCGUGUUGCUGGGAACAAAGACCUUUACCUAGGGACAUUUGCCACUGAAGAGGAAGCAGCCGAGGCCUAUGACAUUGCGGCCAUCAAGUUUAGGGGCAUCAAUGCAGUAACAAAUUUUGAGAUGAAUCGAUAUGAUGUUGAAGCUAUUAGCAAGAGCUCUCUUCCUGUUGGUAGUUCAGCAAAGCGAUUGAAGAUCUCUCUGGAAUCGGAAGAGCAGAAAUCAUCUGUGAACAACCGUGAUCUGCAUCAGCAACAGAAUUCUCAGUGCAGUAGUGGCAGCAACAGCAACACUAUCAAUUUUGCUAAUUCCAUGGCGCAACCUAUUCAGACCAUCCCAUGUGGAAUUCCAUAUGAUCAUGCUGCAGCAUUUUAUCAUCACAACCUUCUCCAACAGUUUCAAUCUUAUAACUACUAUGGCACUACUUCGGAUUCUUCAGCAGUUUCGCAACCUAACAUUGCAACAAGUCAGAUGACAAUGGCAAUGAUGCCCCAGCAGCAGGAGCAGCAGCAGCCAGCUGAGUUCUUUCUCUGGCCUCAGUACCAAACCCAUCAAUCAUAGGGGACUAAAAAAGGCCGUCGCUUUGUUUAUCCCAUAAUGUUAUGUUAGCCGCUAACAAUAUCCGGCUGACCCAACAUCUGACCCUCACUCCAAUCCACCUCUU